AUGUCUUCCAGUAUUGAUAGAGAUACAGUGAUAUCAUGGUCAGAACAGGCACAGAGUACUUUACAGGAGGCCAAAAAAAUGUGCACACAGGCACAAACACUGCUUCAAUCUACCACUUAUCAGCUUGUCACCCAACUUCCUGAAAAGCUCCAAUUCGUCACAUUCAUGGUAGAUGCUUUGAAGCAGCAACAAGAAUUGCUAACGUCGAUAGUGGAGUCUCAGAGCCGUUUAAGAAAGGAGUCGGUGAACCAAUUCAAUGUACAAGUGGAACGAGAUUUAACCCCAGCAUUGGCACAACUUGAUUCUAUUCUAGCACAACUUGCCAAGACCAAGGUUCCGAGUUACUUGAUUAAUAGUGUUGUGCAUGAGAAAGAGGCACAUAUAGACUCGUUAGUAGAGGAUAGGAACCUUUGUGACUUUAUUUCGUUGGACGACAUCAAGUUGCUUACCACCAAUAUUGAGAUUUAUAAGGCUAACUGCACCAAAUUGCAUGGAUUACUCGAAAAAACGAUGAAUGAGAGUGUUUUGGAGCCUUAUAAGAUAAUUGCAUCUAAAAAGUACCAUAAUGUUAUGAAGCAAUAUAAGGAGCUAAUGCCGAUGCACUUGGGAAUAAGCUUGGCUCCUGAUGUGUCUCCCUACAAAUUAAACAACUUAAUCAAUACUAUAUUGAAAGAAAAUUCGUCGUUAGAAAACGAAUUAGUGCCCAUGUUGGAGAUGAUGACAAACCAUUACGAUCAAUGUGUCCAAGGAACAUUAUUUUUCAACACAAAGAAUCCAAACGACCCACUGGUGGAUGUGAAUUUCGAGGUACUCCGAAACGACGCUCUAGAAUUACCAGAUGUCCUCAAAGAACUUAAGACAGUAUAUGAUAUCAUCCUAAACAACGAAAUGAGGACCAAAAAGAUCUUGAGUAGCGAAUUUUCUCGUAUUGACUCCUUAAUUUCUAUGGUCAAAGAUCUCCUUGACUUUUAUAUCGAGUAUAAAGCUACUAACUUGUCUACGUAUAUGAUCUUGGUACUAUCCUGUGACGAAUUAUUUGGAAAGUGCUCCAUAGACAUGAAGUCCAACCAGACACCCCUCGAAGCCUAUACCGAGACCAUAAAUUUGCUUGUGUACCACUAUACACAAUUUCUCUCUGUCUACAAAUCAGAGUAUCUUACCGAACUCUUUUAUGAACAAUACACCUAUCCACGAAGGUAUUUAUCAACACUCACAAAUUUUCUCAACCAUGAUAUUUUUCAAUUACAACAGGAAGAGUAUGAAAGGCGGAGGAACUGGCUCGCUAAGUAUGGUGACUUUAUUCCCACUGAGUUUAGACUUCCAGGUGAAGUCGAUCAACCAGCAAUUAUACAGGUUGUGACGGAGGGCCUAGAUGAUGUACAAAAAGAUUACAAUGAUGGUAGAUUUAACGAGUCUGCGGAAGAAAUCAACCUAUCAGAAUUUAUUAAGACCAUGAAGUUGUAG